AUGGCUCCAGAGUUGCUGUUUUUGGAUCCCAAGGAAGAUCCCUUUAAGGUCAUACUGCAAGACACCUUUUUUACCUCCUCCCUACCACAGCUGGCAGCAGCUGUGCAUCGUAUGCAUACUCCUGUUUCCAACACAAGGCCCAGCCAGAAGACAGAGAUGCUAGAGGAAAAGCAGGCUUUCCAAAACUUUUGUAAGGGUCCGACACCAUCAACUUCUACACUACUUUCAGGUUCUGGACACCAGUUGAGACCAGCUGAGCCUCCAGGAGAUGCUGAUGCUGAUGUGGAUGCAGAGGAUGAAGAUUCUGUUAAUGAAGUAGCAGUAGAUGACAUCCGUCCAAGGCCACAAGGAUCCUCUCCAGUUUAUGAAUGUUCCAUAGAAGAAGACUAUUUAAAGCUUCAAGAAGAAAACAAAAGAUAUUCUACAGGCAAAUCAAAACAGAGUAAUCCACAGGAGAUAAUGGAAGUGACCCUGAAAACAGAAGUGGAAGCUGGUGCUAGUGGUUUUAGUGUGAUGGGUGGAGGAAAUGAAGGAAUAUUUAUUAAAAAAGUACUUAAGGAGUCUCCUGCUUCAAAAAUAUUUAGUCUGAGAGAAGGUGAUCAGCUUCUAAGUGCUACAAUAUUUUUUGAUAAUAUAAAAUACGAAGAUGCACUCAAGAUUCUCCAAUAUUCCGAGCCAUACAGAGUCCAAUUCAGCCUCAAAAGAAAAAUUGCUGGUAAAGAAGAGUCAGAACACAUUCAGUCUACAGCCCAGUACAAAAAGGAAAGAACAAGCCAGGAAAGAGAAUUCAGUGAGAGUAUUCCUGAGGAAACACUGCAUGUUGCAGGAAAAGCCAUUUCAGAAGAGGACAGGGAAACACUAAUUGUAAGCCAAAGGAUAGGAAGAAGCAAGAGACCUAAAAAAGACAGAUUAUCAUGGCCAAAAUUCCAGUCAAUUAAAAAUAAAAACAUCCUGGGUCACAGAAGAUCUCACAGUACAUCUGAUGCAUACGAGUCUGCUAUGCAGGAUAUUUCCCCUACAAGCACAGACACAGAGUCUCAAUUUCAACAAGAGGUCCAUAUCAAAGGAAAAAAAGAAAGCCAAAAGAAACUGAAGUUCCCUAUCAUUGGAUUCAAAAUGCACAGAUCCAAACCAGAACCACAAGACAAACAAAAAAAAGAAAUAAAAACUGCACUGUUACCUGAAAAAGAAAAAAUAGAUAAAGAAGAUAGCCUGGGAAAUCCCGAAAUCCUAACUGUUGAAUACACCACGUCUCCUGCUUAUGAAAUUACAACAGGAGAGACACAUGAAACCUUAACAAAAGACUUUAAAGAUAUGAAAAAUGGCAUUCUAUCUCGUGCUAAAAAAUGCCCUGAAGUUGAAAUAAGCAUUAAAACAGACAAGGAAUCAACAUCAAAAUUUACUGUAUCUGAAGAGCCAGUUAUAACAGCAAAGAUACCACACCCCAGUUUAGAAACAGCUAAACUGAAAGAAAGUCCAACUAAACAAAUGUUGCCAGGGUCAUCAAAAUCCCGAAAAAAGAAACAGAAAGGGACAGCAGAUAAAAAGGAAGGAGGAAGUGGAAUUAACAUACAUAUCAUAGGUCAGACAUCACAAGAAUCUAUAGAACAAAAAGGUCUAGAAAUAGGCACUGCUAAAGCAGAAUUACAUAAAACAUCUGACGUACUGGAAACAGGAAAAAAACAAGCAGAAGAUGACACACAAAUACUAACAAUUCAAAAACCAAAAAUUGGAAUUUCAAUGCCCAAGGAAAAGGAGCAAGAAACUAAAAACACCAAACUGAGAAGUGAUGUUCCCCAUUCACCACUAGAAAAAACAGCUGAUACAAGUUCAGAGAAUGGCAAAAAUUUGGAUGUGAAACCUCAAAUGCCUGAUGCACAAACAGAAGUAUCUACUUGGAAAAUACAGAUGCCAUCAUUCAAAAUACCCAAAACACAUAAAGCUGACACAAAACUACAAAGUGAAGAAACCAUAGUUGGAUUGCUGGAUACUGUAAAGAAGGAACAGGUAGAAGAUGGCAUGACCACAAGUGACAAAAACUUCAUUGCAGUGAAGACAGGGGAAAAAGAUAUAGAGGGAAAAGAAAGCAAAUUCAGAAUGCCGAAGUUAAAAUUACCCACAUUUUCCUGGGCAAAAGAUGGGACAGGCCAAGUUGAGGGUCAGAUAAGUGACAGGGAGGGAACAGUGCAAUCCACAGAAGAAGGUACAAAACCAGAAAUGAGUAUAUCAGGAGGAGUGAAGAUUACGAGAACUGAAAAUGAAGUCCAGAUGUCCAAGGACAAAAUAAGUGACAAAGAUAUCAGAAAAAGCACAGAAGUCCAGACAGCAAGUCAAAAAACGUUAAAUGUAAAACUUUUCUCAUCAAACACUAAUUUGGAAGACAUAGAAGAAAGAACAAUAAAACCAGACAUACAAACAAGAAAGGGCGAAUUCAAUAUAGCAUCAAGGGAAUCAAAAGACUCACAAAAUAGAGAAGCUCCCCAGAUGGACAUCAGCCUGCAGGCCCCCGAGGCGACCCUCACCCUCGAAGGGGAAGCCAAGACCCCGGAGAAGGAGGCGGCCAAGACCAAGGACGGCAAGUUCAAGAUGCCCAAGUUCGGCAUGCCUUCCUUUGGCUGGGCCAGCAGCAGAGAGGCCAAGGGCUCUGCGGCCGCCGAGGCGGACGUCAGCCUCAAGGAGCCCCAGGUGACGGUGCCCGCGGGAAGCGCCGAAGUCGACGUGACCCUGCCCGGGGCCGAGAUCCAAGCGCCCGGCGUGGAGGUGACCGUUGAGACGGCCGCCGGAGGAGACGGAGAGAAAGGCCGAUUCAAGAUGCCCAGCGUCAAGCUGCCCAAAGUCAAAGCGCCCCACGUGCAGGUCAGCCUGCCAAAGGCCGAGGUCUCGGUGCCCAAGGCUCAGGCCGAAGUCCAGGAGGGCGAAGUCGCCCUGCAGGCGCCCGACGUCGAAGGCGGCCUGGAGGUGGCUGCCGGCAAAGUUGAGGGCGGCGGCAUGAAACUACACAUGCCGAAAGUCAAGGUGCCCAGCGUGGUCUUCUCCAAGCCGACCGUCAAGGCUCCCAAACUGGACGCAGACGUCAGCCUGCCCAAAGUCGACGCCAGCCUCCCAGAGGCAGACCUCAAGGCCGGCACCGGCGACAUCAGCAUCACGGCCCCCGACAUCAAGCUGCCCUCCGUCGAGGCCUCCCUCGAGCUCCAGGCGCCCGAGAUAGACCUCAAAGCCGCCUCUGCAGAAGCCUCGCUCGACGGGGCCAAGCUGGAAGCCACAGGCCUGAAAGGGAAGCUUAAGAUGCCCAAGUUCGACAAGCCCAAAUUCGGAGUGUCGCUCCCCAGGGCGGAAGGGCCCGAAGGCCAGGUCAGCCUGCCCACCGUAGAGGUCGACCUCCCCUCUGCCACCGUGACGGCCGCAGGGGAGGGCCCCGCCCUGGGCCUCAAAGCGGACGUCCCCGCUGCCAAAACCGACGGGGACGGCUGGAAGCUGGAGAAGCCCUCCCUCAAAAUGCCCAAAGCUGACAUCAAAGCUCCCAAGGUGGACAUCAGCCUCCCGUCCGUCGACGUCAGCCUCCCGAAGGCCAGCGUCGACCUGCAGGCCCCCGAGGCGACCCUCACCCUCGAAGGGGAAGCCAAGACCCCGGAGAAGGAGGCGGCCAAGACCAAGGACGGCAAGUUCAAGAUGCCCAAGUUCGGCAUGCCUUCCUUUGGCUGGGCCAGCAGCAGAGAGGCCAAGGGCUCUGCGGCCGCCGAGGCGGACGUCAGCCUCAAGGAGCCCCAGGUGACGGUGCCCGCGGGAAGCGCCGAAGUCGACGUGACCCUGCCCGGGGCCGAGAUCCAAGCGCCCGGCGUGGAGGUGACCGUUGAGACGGCCGCCGGAGGAGACGGAGAGAAAGGCCGAUUCAAGAUGCCCAGCGUCAAGCUGCCCAAAGUCAAAGCGCCCCACGUGCAGGUCAGCCUGCCAAAGGCCGAGGUCUCGGUGCCCAAGGCUCAGGCCGAAGUCCAGGAGGGCGAAGUCGCCCUGCAGGCGCCCGACGUCGAAGGCGGCCUGGAGGUGGCUGCCGGCAAAGUUGAGGGCGGCGGCAUGAAACUACACAUGCCGAAAGUCAAGGUGCCCAGCGUGGUCUUCUCCAAGCCGACCGUCAAGGCUCCCAAACUGGACGCAGACGUCAGCCUGCCCAAAGUCGACGCCAGCCUCCCAGAGGCAGACCUCAAGGCCGGCACCGGCGACAUCAGCAUCACGGCCCCCGACAUCAAGCUGCCCUCCGUCGAGGCCUCCCUCGAGCUCCAGGCGCCCGAGAUAGACCUCAAAGCCGCCUCUGCAGAAGCCUCGCUCGACGGGGCCAAGCUGGAAGCCACAGGCCUGAAAGGGAAGCUUAAGAUGCCCAAGUUCGACAAGCCCAAAUUCGGAGUGUCGCUCCCCAGGGCGGAAGGGCCCGAAGGCCAGGUCAGCCUGCCCACCGUAGAGGUCGACCUCCCCUCUGCCACCGUGACGGCCGCAGGGGAGGGCCCCGCCCUGGGCCUCAAAGCGGACGUCCCCGCUGCCAAAACCGACGGGGACGGCUGGAAGCUGGAGAAGCCCUCCCUCAAAAUGCCCAAAGCUGACAUCAAAGCUCCCAAGGUGGACAUCAGCCUCCCGUCCGUCGACGUCAGCCUCCCGAAGGCCAGCGUCGACCUGCAGGCCCCCGAGGCGACCCUCACCCUCGAAGGGGAAGCCAAGACCCCGGAGAAGGAGGCGGCCAAGACCAAGGACGGCAAGUUCAAGAUGCCCAAGUUCGGCAUGCCUUCCUUUGGCUGGGCCAGCAGCAGAGAGGCCAAGGGCUCUGCGGCCGCCGAGGCGGACGUCAGCCUCAAGGAGCCCCAGGUGACGGUGCCCGCGGGAAGCGCCGAAGUCGACGUGACCCUGCCCGGGGCCGAGAUCCAAGCGCCCGGCGUGGAGGUGACCGUUGAGACGGCCGCCGGAGGAGACGGAGAGAAAGGCCGAUUCAAGAUGCCCAGCGUCAAGCUGCCCAAAGUCAAAGCGCCCCACGUGCAGGUCAGCCUGCCAAAGGCCGAGGUCUCGGUGCCCAAGGCUCAGGCCGAAGUCCAGGAGGGCGAAGUCGCCCUGCAGGCGCCCGACGUCGAAGGCGGCCUGGAGGUGGCUGCCGGCAAAGUUGAGGGCGGCGGCAUGAAACUACACAUGCCGAAAGUCAAGGUGCCCAGCGUGGUCUUCUCCAAGCCGACCGUCAAGGCUCCCAAACUGGACGCAGACGUCAGCCUGCCCAAAGUCGACGCCAGCCUCCCAGAGGCAGACCUCAAGGCCGGCACCGGCGACAUCAGCAUCACGGCCCCCGACAUCAAGCUGCCCUCCGUCGAGGCCUCCCUCGAGCUCCAGGCGCCCGAGAUAGACCUCAAAGCCGCCUCUGCAGAAGCCUCGCUCGACGGGGCCAAGCUGGAAGCCACAGGCCUGAAAGGGAAGCUUAAGAUGCCCAAGUUCGACAAGCCCAAAUUCGGAGUGUCGCUCCCCAGGGCGGAAGGGCCCGAAGGCCAGGUCAGCCUGCCCACCGUAGAGGUCGACCUCCCCUCUGCCACCGUGACGGCCGCAGGGGAGGGCCCCGCCCUGGGCCUCAAAGCGGACGUCCCCGCUGCCAAAACCGACGGGGACGGCUGGAAGCUGGAGAAGCCCUCCCUCAAAAUGCCCAAAGCUGACAUCAAAGCUCCCAAGGUGGACAUCAGCCUCCCGUCCGUCGACGUCAGCCUCCCGAAGGCCAGCGUCGACCUGCAGGCCCCCGAGGCGACCCUCACCCUCGAAGGGGAAGCCAAGACCCCGGAGAAGGAGGCGGCCAAGACCAAGGACGGCAAGUUCAAGAUGCCCAAGUUCGGCAUGCCUUCCUUUGGCUGGGCCAGCAGCAGAGAGGCCAAGGGCUCUGCGGCCGCCGAGGCGGACGUCAGCCUCAAGGAGCCCCAGGUGACGGUGCCCGCGGGAAGCGCCGAAGUCGACGUGACCCUGCCCGGGGCCGAGAUCCAAGCGCCCGGCGUGGAGGUGACCGUUGAGACGGCCGCCGGAGGAGACGGAGAGAAAGGCCGAUUCAAGAUGCCCAGCGUCAAGCUGCCCAAAGUCAAAGCGCCCCACGUGCAGGUCAGCCUGCCAAAGGCCGAGGUCUCGGUGCCCAAGGCUCAGGCCGAAGUCCAGGAGGGCGAAGUCGCCCUGCAGGCGCCCGACGUCGAAGGCGGCCUGGAGGUGGCUGCCGGCAAAGUUGAGGGCGGCGGCAUGAAACUACACAUGCCGAAAGUCAAGGUGCCCAGCGUGGUCUUCUCCAAGCCGACCGUCAAGGCUCCCAAACUGGACGCAGACGUCAGCCUGCCCAAAGUCGACGCCAGCCUCCCAGAGGCAGACCUCAAGGCCGGCACCGGCGACAUCAGCAUCACGGCCCCCGACAUCAAGCUGCCCUCCGUCGAGGCCUCCCUCGAGCUCCAGGCGCCCGAGAUAGACCUCAAAGCCGCCUCUGCAGAAGCCUCGCUCGACGGGGCCAAGCUGGAAGCCACAGGCCUGAAAGGGAAGCUUAAGAUGCCCAAGUUCGACAAGCCCAAAUUCGGAGUGUCGCUCCCCAGGGCGGAAGGGCCCGAAGGCCAGGUCAGCCUGCCCACCGUAGAGGUCGACCUCCCCUCUGCCACCGUGACGGCCGCAGGGGAGGGCCCCGCCCUGGGCCUCAAAGCGGACGUCCCCGCUGCCAAAACCGACGGGGACGGCUGGAAGCUGGAGAAGCCCUCCCUCAAAAUGCCCAAAGCUGACAUCAAAGCUCCCAAGGUGGACAUCAGCCUCCCGUCCGUCGACGUCAGCCUCCCGAAGGCCAGCGUCGACCUGCAGGCCCCCGAGGCGACCCUCACCCUCGAAGGGGAAGCCAAGACCCCGGAGAAGGAGGCGGCCAAGACCAAGGACGGCAAGUUCAAGAUGCCCAAGUUCGGCAUGCCUUCCUUUGGCUGGGCCAGCAGCAGAGAGGCCAAGGGCUCUGCGGCCGCCGAGGCGGACGUCAGCCUCAAGGAGCCCCAGGUGACGGUGCCCGCGGGAAGCGCCGAAGUCGACGUGACCCUGCCCGGGGCCGAGAUCCAAGCGCCCGGCGUGGAGGUGACCGUUGAGACGGCCGCCGGAGGAGACGGAGAGAAAGGCCGAUUCAAGAUGCCCAGCGUCAAGCUGCCCAAAGUCAAAGCGCCCCACGUGCAGGUCAGCCUGCCAAAGGCCGAGGUCUCGGUGCCCAAGGCUCAGGCCGAAGUCCAGGAGGGCGAAGUCGCCCUGCAGGCGCCCGACGUCGAAGGCGGCCUGGAGGUGGCUGCCGGCAAAGUUGAGGGCGGCGGCAUGAAACUACACAUGCCGAAAGUCAAGGUGCCCAGCGUGGUCUUCUCCAAGCCGACCGUCAAGGCUCCCAAACUGGACGCAGACGUCAGCCUGCCCAAAGUCGACGCCAGCCUCCCAGAGGCAGACCUCAAGGCCGGCACCGGCGACAUCAGCAUCACGGCCCCCGACAUCAAGCUGCCCUCCGUCGAGGCCUCCCUCGAGCUCCAGGCGCCCGAGAUAGACCUCAAAGCCGCCUCUGCAGAAGCCUCGCUCGACGGGGCCAAGCUGGAAGCCACAGGCCUGAAAGGGAAGCUUAAGAUGCCCAAGUUCGACAAGCCCAAAUUCGGAGUGUCGCUCCCCAGGGCGGAAGGGCCCGAAGGCCAGGUCAGCCUGCCCACCGUAGAGGUCGACCUCCCCUCUGCCACCGUGACGGCCGCAGGGGAGGGCCCCGCCCUGGGCCUCAAAGCGGACGUCCCCGCUGCCAAAACCGACGGGGACGGCUGGAAGCUGGAGAAGCCCUCCCUCAAAAUGCCCAAAGCUGACAUCAAAGCUCCCAAGGUGGACAUCAGCCUCCCGUCCGUCGACGUCAGCCUCCCGAAGGCCAGCGUCGACCUGCAGGCCCCCGAGGCGACCCUCACCCUCGAAGGGGAAGCCAAGACCCCGGAGAAGGAGGCGGCCAAGACCAAGGACGGCAAGUUCAAGAUGCCCAAGUUCGGCAUGCCUUCCUUUGGCUGGGCCAGCAGCAGAGAGGCCAAGGGCUCUGCGGCCGCCGAGGCGGACGUCAGCCUCAAGGAGCCCCAGGUGACGGUGCCCGCGGGAAGCGCCGAAGUCGACGUGACCCUGCCCGGGGCCGAGAUCCAAGCGCCCGGCGUGGAGGUGACCGUUGAGACGGCCGCCGGAGGAGACGGAGAGAAAGGCCGAUUCAAGAUGCCCAGCGUCAAGCUGCCCAAAGUCAAAGCGCCCCACGUGCAGGUCAGCCUGCCAAAGGCCGAGGUCUCGGUGCCCAAGGCUCAGGCCGAAGUCCAGGAGGGCGAAGUCGCCCUGCAGGCGCCCGACGUCGAAGGCGGCCUGGAGGUGGCUGCCGGCAAAGUUGAGGGCGGCGGCAUGAAACUACACAUGCCGAAAGUCAAGGUGCCCAGCGUGGUCUUCUCCAAGCCGACCGUCAAGGCUCCCAAACUGGACGCAGACGUCAGCCUGCCCAAAGUCGACGCCAGCCUCCCAGAGGCAGACCUCAAGGCCGGCACCGGCGACAUCAGCAUCACGGCCCCCGACAUCAAGCUGCCCUCCGUCGAGGCCUCCCUCGAGCUCCAGGCGCCCGAGAUAGACCUCAAAGCCGCCUCUGCAGAAGCCUCGCUCGACGGGGCCAAGCUGGAAGCCACAGGCCUGAAAGGGAAGCUUAAGAUGCCCAAGUUCGACAAGCCCAAAUUCGGAGUGUCGCUCCCCAGGGCGGAAGGGCCCGAAGGCCAGGUCAGCCUGCCCACCGUAGAGGUCGACCUCCCCUCUGCCACCGUGACGGCCGCAGGGGAGGGCCCCGCCCUGGGCCUCAAAGCGGACGUCCCCGCUGCCAAAACCGACGGGGACGGCUGGAAGCUGGAGAAGCCCUCCCUCAAAACGCCCAAAGCUGACAUCAAAGCUCCCAAGGUGGACAUCAGCCUCCCGUCCGUCGACGUCAGCCUCCCGAAGGCCAGCGUCGACCUGCAGGCCCCCGAGGCGACCCUCACCCUCGAAGGGGAAGCCAAGACCCCGGAGAAGGAGGCGGCCAAGACCAAGGACGGCAAGUUCAAGAUGCCCAAGUUCGGCAUGCCUUCCUUUGGCUGGGCCAGCAGCAGAGAGGCCAAGGGCUCUGCGGCCGCCGAGGCGGACGUCAGCCUCAAGGAGCCCCAGGUGACGGUGCCCGCGGGAAGCGCCGAAGUCGACGUGACCCUGCCCGGGGCCGAGAUCCAAGCGCCCGGCGUGGAGGUGACCGUUGAGACGGCCGCCGGAGGAGACGGAGAGAAAGGCCGAUUCAAGAUGCCCAGCGUCAAGCUGCCCAAAGUCAAAGCGCCCCACGUGCAGGUCAGCCUGCCAAAGGCCGAGGUCUCGGUGCCCAAGGCUCAGGCCGAAGUCCAGGAGGGCGAAGUCGCCCUGCAGGCGCCCGACGUCGAAGGCGGCCUGGAGGUGGCUGCCGGCAAAGUUGAGGGCGGCGGCAUGAAACUACACAUGCCGAAAGUCAAGGUGCCCAGCGUGGUCUUCUCCAAGCCGACCGUCAAGGCUCCCAAACUGGACGCAGACGUCAGCCUGCCCAAAGUCGACGCCAGCCUCCCAGAGGCAGACCUCAAGGCCGGCACCGGCGACAUCAGCAUCACGGCCCCCGACAUCAAGCUGCCCUCCGUCGAGGCCUCCCUCGAGCUCCAGGCGCCCGAGAUAGACCUCAAAGCCGCCUCUGCAGAAGCCUCGCUCGACGGGGCCAAGCUGGAAGCCACAGGCCUGAAAGGGAAGCUUAAGAUGCCCAAGUUCGACAAGCCCAAAUUCGGAGUGUCGCUCCCCAGGGCGGAAGGGCCCGAAGGCCAGGUCAGCCUGCCCACCGUAGAGGUCGACCUCCCCUCUGCCACCGUGACGGCCGCAGGGGAGGGCCCCGCCCUGGGCCUCAAAGCGGACGUCCCCGCUGCCAAAACCGACGGGGACGGCUGGAAGCUGGAGAAGCCCUCCCUCAAAACGCCCAAAGCUGACAUCAAAGCUCCCAAGGUGGACAUCAGCCUCCCGUCCGUCGACGUCAGCCUCCCGAAGGCCAGCGUCGACCUGCAGGCCCCCGAGGCGACCCUCACCCUCGAAGGGGAAGCCAAGACCCCGGAGAAGGAGGCGGCCAAGACCAAGGACGGCAAGUUCAAGAUGCCCAAGUUCGGCAUGCCUUCCUUUGGCUGGGCCAGCAGCAGAGAGGCCAAGGGCUCUGCGGCCGCCGAGGCGGACGUCAGCCUCAAGGAGCCCCAGGUGACGGUGCCCGCGGGAAGCGCCGAAGUCGACGUGACCCUGCCCGGGGCCGAGAUCCAAGCGCCCGGCGUGGAGGUGACCGUUGAGACGGCCGCCGGAGGAGACGGAGAGAAAGGCCGAUUCAAGAUGCCCAGCGUCAAGCUGCCCAAAGUCAAAGCGCCCCACGUGCAGGUCAGCCUGCCAAAGGCCGAGGUCUCGGUGCCCAAGGCUCAGGCCGAAGUCCAGGAGGGCGAAGUCGCCCUGCAGGCGCCCGACGUCGAAGGCGGCCUGGAGGUGGCUGCCGGCAAAGUUGAGGGCGGCGGCAUGAAACUACACAUGCCGAAAGUCAAGGUGCCCAGCGUGGUCUUCUCCAAGCCGACCGUCAAGGCUCCCAAACUGGACGCAGACGUCAGCCUGCCCAAAGUCGACGCCAGCCUCCCAGAGGCAGACCUCAAGGCCGGCACCGGCGACAUCAGCAUCACGGCCCCCGACAUCAAGCUGCCCUCCGUCGAGGCCUCCCUCGAGCUCCAGGCGCCCGAGAUAGACCUCAAAGCCGCCUCUGCAGAAGCCUCGCUCGACGGGGCCAAGCUGGAAGCCACAGGCCUGAAAGGGAAGCUUAAGAUGCCCAAGUUCGACAAGCCCAAAUUCGGAGUGUCGCUCCCCAGGGCGGAAGGGCCCGAAGGCCAGGUCAGCCUGCCCACCGUAGAGGUCGACCUCCCCUCUGCCACCGUGACGGCCGCAGGGGAGGGCCCCGCCCUGGGCCUCAAAGCGGACGUCCCCGCUGCCAAAACCGACGGGGACGGCUGGAAGCUGGAGAAGCCCUCCCUCAAAACGCCCAAAGCUGACAUCAAAGCUCCCAAGGUGGACAUCAGCCUCCCGUCCGUCGACGUCAGCCUCCCGAAGGCCAGCGUCGACCUGCAGGCCCCCGAGGCGACCCUCACCCUCGAAGGGGAAGCCAAGACCCCGGAGAAGGAGGCGGCCAAGACCAAGGACGGCAAGUUCAAGAUGCCCAAGUUCGGCAUGCCUUCCUUUGGCUGGGCCAGCAGCAGAGAGGCCAAGGGCUCUGCGGCCGCCGAGGCGGACGUCAGCCUCAAGGAGCCCCAGGUGACGGUGCCCGCGGGAAGCGCCGAAGUCGACGUGACCCUGCCCGGGGCCGAGAUCCAAGCGCCCGGCGUGGAGGUGACCGUUGAGACGGCCGCCGGAGGAGACGGAGAGAAAGGCCGAUUCAAGAUGCCCAGCGUCAAGCUGCCCAAAGUCAAAGCGCCCCACGUGCAGGUCAGCCUGCCAAAGGCCGAGGUCUCGGUGCCCAAGGCUCAGGCCGAAGUCCAGGAGGGCGAAGUCGCCCUGCAGGCGCCCGACGUCGAAGGCGGCCUGGAGGUGGCUGCCGGCAAAGUUGAGGGCGGCGGCAUGAAACUACACAUGCCGAAAGUCAAGGUGCCCAGCGUGGUCUUCUCCAAGCCGACCGUCAAGGCUCCCAAACUGGACGCAGACGUCAGCCUGCCCAAAGUCGACGCCAGCCUCCCAGAGGCAGACCUCAAGGCCGGCACCGGCGACAUCAGCAUCACGGCCCCCGACAUCAAGCUGCCCUCCGUCGAGGCCUCCCUCGAGCUCCAGGCGCCCGAGAUAGACCUCAAAGCCGCCUCUGCAGAAGCCUCGCUCGACGGGGCCAAGCUGGAAGCCACAGGCCUGAAAGGGAAGCUUAAGAUGCCCAAGUUCGACAAGCCCAAAUUCGGAGUGUCGCUCCCCAGGGCGGAAGGGCCCGAAGGCCAGGUCAGCCUGCCCACCGUAGAGGUCGACCUCCCCUCUGCCACCGUGACGGCCGCAGGGGAGGGCCCCGCCCUGGGCCUCAAAGCGGACGUCCCCGCUGCCAAAACCGACGGGGACGGCUGGAAGCUGGAGAAGCCCUCCCUCAAAACGCCCAAAGCUGACAUCAAAGCUCCCAAGGUGGACAUCAGCCUCCCGUCCGUCGACGUCAGCCUCCCGAAGGCCAGCGUCGACCUGCAGGCCCCCGAGGCGACCCUCACCCUCGAAGGGGAAGCCAAGACCCCGGAGAAGGAGGCGGCCAAGACCAAGGACGGCAAGUUCAAGAUGCCCAAGUUCGGCAUGCCUUCCUUUGGCUGGGCCAGCAGCAGAGAGGCCAAGGGCUCUGCGGCCGCCGAGGCGGACGUCAGCCUCAAGGAGCCCCAGGUGACGGUGCCCGCGGGAAGCGCCGAAGUCGACGUGACCCUGCCCGGGGCCGAGAUCCAAGCGCCCGGCGUGGAGGUGACCGUUGAGACGGCCGCCGGAGGAGACGGAGAGAAAGGCCGAUUCAAGAUGCCCAGCGUCAAGCUGCCCAAAGUCAAAGCGCCCCACGUGCAGGUCAGCCUGCCAAAGGCCGAGGUCUCGGUGCCCAAGGCUCAGGCCGAAGUCCAGGAGGGCGAAGUCGCCCUGCAGGCGCCCGACGUCGAAGGCGGCCUGGAGGUGGCUGCCGGCAAAGUUGAGGGCGGCGGCAUGAAACUACACAUGCCGAAAGUCAAGGUGCCCAGCGUGGUCUUCUCCAAGCCGACCGUCAAGGCUCCCAAACUGGACGCAGACGUCAGCCUGCCCAAAGUCGACGCCAGCCUCCCAGAGGCAGACCUCAAGGCCGGCACCGGCGACAUCAGCAUCACGGCCCCCGACAUCAAGCUGCCCUCCGUCGAGGCCUCCCUCGAGCUCCAGGCGCCCGAGAUAGACCUCAAAGCCGCCUCUGCAGAAGCCUCGCUCGACGGGGCCAAGCUGGAAGCCACAGGCCUGAAAGGGAAGCUUAAGAUGCCCAAGUUCGACAAGCCCAAAUUCGGAGUGUCGCUCCCCAGGGCGGAAGGGCCCGAAGGCCAGGUCAGCCUGCCCACCGUAGAGGUCGACCUCCCCUCUGCCACCGUGACGGCCGCAGGGGAGGGCCCCGCCCUGGGCCUCAAAGCGGACGUCCCCGCUGCCAAAACCGACGGGGACGGCUGGAAGCUGGAGAAGCCCUCCCUCAAAACGCCCAAAGCUGACAUCAAAGCUCCCAAGGUGGACAUCAGCCUCCCGUCCGUCGACGUCAGCCUCCCGAAGGCCAGCGUCGACCUGCAGGCCCCCGAGGCGACCCUCACCCUCGAAGGGGAAGCCAAGACCCCGGAGAAGGAGGCGGCCAAGACCAAGGACGGCAAGUUCAAGAUGCCCAAGUUCGGCAUGCCUUCCUUUGGCUGGGCCAGCAGCAGAGAGGCCAAGGGCUCUGCGGCCGCCGAGGCGGACGUCAGCCUCAAGGAGCCCCAGGUGACGGUGCCCGCGGGAAGCGCCGAAGUCGACGUGACCCUGCCCGGGGCCGAGAUCCAAGCGCCCGGCGUGGAGGUGACCGUUGAGACGGCCGCCGGAGGAGACGGAGAGAAAGGCCGAUUCAAGAUGCCCAGCGUCAAGCUGCCCAAAGUCAAAGCGCCCCACGUGCAGGUCAGCCUGCCAAAGGCCGAGGUCUCGGUGCCCAAGGCUCAGGCCGAAGUCCAGGAGGGCGAAGUCGCCCUGCAGGCGCCCGACGUCGAAGGCGGCCUGGAGGUGGCUGCCGGCAAAGUUGAGGGCGGCGGCAUGAAACUACACAUGCCGAAAGUCAAGGUGCCCAGCGUGGUCUUCUCCAAGCCGACCGUCAAGGCUCCCAAACUGGACGCAGACGUCAGCCUGCCCAAAGUCGACGCCAGCCUCCCAGAGGCAGACCUCAAGGCCGGCACCGGCGACAUCAGCAUCACGGCCCCCGACAUCAAGCUGCCCUCCGUCGAGGCCUCCCUCGAGCUCCAGGCGCCCGAGAUAGACCUCAAAGCCGCCUCUGCAGAAGCCUCGCUCGACGGGGCCAAGCUGGAAGCCACAGGCCUGAAAGGGAAGCUUAAGAUGCCCAAGUUCGACAAGCCCAAAUUCGGAGUGUCGCUCCCCAGGGCGGAAGGGCCCGAAGGCCAGGUCAGCCUGCCCACCGUAGAGGUCGACCUCCCCUCUGCCACCGUGACGGCCGCAGGGGAGGGCCCCGCCCUGGGCCUCAAAGCGGACGUCCCCGCUGCCAAAACCGACGGGGACGGCUGGAAGCUGGAGAAGCCCUCCCUCAAAACGCCCAAAGCUGACAUCAAAGCUCCCAAGGUGGACAUCAGCCUCCCGUCCGUCGACGUCAGCCUCCCGAAGGCCAGCGUCGACCUGCAGGCCCCCGAGGCGACCCUCACCCUCGAAGGGGAAGCCAAGACCCCGGAGAAGGAGGCGGCCAAGACCAAGGACGGCAAGUUCAAGAUGCCCAAGUUCGGCAUGCCUUCCUUUGGCUGGGCCAGCAGCAGAGAGGCCAAGGGCUCUGCGGCCGCCGAGGCGGACGUCAGCCUCAAGGAGCCCCAGGUGACGGUGCCCGCGGGAAGCGCCGAAGUCGACGUGACCCUGCCCGGGGCCGAGAUCCAAGCGCCCGGCGUGGAGGUGACCGUUGAGACGGCCGCCGGAGGAGACGGAGAGAAAGGCCGAUUCAAGAUGCCCAGCGUCAAGCUGCCCAAAGUCAAAGCGCCCCACGUGCAGGUCAGCCUGCCAAAGGCCGAGGUCUCGGUGCCCAAGGCUCAGGCCGAAGUCCAGGAGGGCGAAGUCGCCCUGCAGGCGCCCGACGUCGAAGGCGGCCUGGAGGUGGCUGCCGGCAAAGUUGAGGGCGGCGGCAUGAAACUACACAUGCCGAAAGUCAAGGUGCCCAGCGUGGUCUUCUCCAAGCCGACCGUCAAGGCUCCCAAACUGGACGCAGACGUCAGCCUGCCCAAAGUCGACGCCAGCCUCCCAGAGGCAGACCUCAAGGCCGGCACCGGCGACAUCAGCAUCACGGCCCCCGACAUCAAGCUGCCCUCCGUCGAGGCCUCCCUCGAGCUCCAGGCGCCCGAGAUAGACCUCAAAGCCGCCUCUGCAGAAGCCUCGCUCGACGGGGCCAAGCUGGAAGCCACAGGCCUGAAAGGGAAGCUUAAGAUGCCCAAGUUCGACAAGCCCAAAUUCGGAGUGUCGCUCCCCAGGGCGGAAGGGCCCGAAGGCCAGGUCAGCCUGCCCACCGUAGAGGUCGACCUCCCCUCUGCCACCGUGACGGCCGCAGGGGAGGGCCCCGCCCUGGGCCUCAAAGCGGACGUCCCCGCUGCCAAAACCGACGGGGACGGCUGGAAGCUGGAGAAGCCCUCCCUCAAAACGCCCAAAGCUGACAUCAAAGCUCCCAAGGUGGACAUCAGCCUCCCGUCCGUCGACGUCAGCCUCCCGAAGGCCAGCGUCGACCUGCAGGCCCCCGAGGCGACCCUCACCCUCGAAGGGGAAGCCAAGACCCCGGAGAAGGAGGCGGCCAAGACCAAGGACGGCAAGUUCAAGAUGCCCAAGUUCGGCAUGCCUUCCUUUGGCUGGGCCAGCAGCAGAGAGGCCAAGGGCUCUGCGGCCGCCGAGGCGGACGUCAGCCUCAAGGAGCCCCAGGUGACGGUGCCCGCGGGAAGCGCCGAAGUCGACGUGACCCUGCCCGGGGCCGAGAUCCAAGCACCUGCUUUUGAAUUUGUCACAGAUUCUUCCACUGAAAAUGAUCAUGAUAUUAGUAAAGGUAAAGUGUCUUUUUUUAGAAUGCCUGAAGUUUCACUUUCUAAAAUUUCUAAACCGGAUUUACAGAGUCAGUCCUUUGUUGAUUUUUCAGUGUCAGAAGCUCAUUGUUAUUCUGUAACAGAGGAAACUCCUUCUGUUCUUUCAGUCAGUGUUCUCCCUGAUAGUAAAGGAGAUAAUGCUUCUAAAAAUAUGAAAUUCAUAAUUCCUAGCUUGGGUUUCUCCAAAGGUGACAUUUGUUCCUCUAAAAUUGAACAUGAUUCUCCAUUACCAAUAGAGGAAAUUACUCUUACUAAAUAUCAAAUCAGUGUGGAAUCUGAAUCAAAAAUAUUGUCUGUUUCUAAUGAGAAUUUGUCCAUAACAGAUGGUGGAAUUUUAAAGGAUGAUCAUUCUUUGGAGCAAGGAACUCUGAAGCUGGGAGAGAAAGCACCUGUUACUGAAAUAUGUGUCAGUGACUCAGAGGUUACAGUUAAAAUUCCUAAAUUCCGAAAACCAAAGUUUGGCCUUUCUUGGUCUAAGGCAAAACAAAAAGAAAGUGAUGCUGUUUGCCAAGUGGAAAGCGAAGUUUCCAAAGGAAAGAUAACAUCUGAUAUGACUGAUAAACCAACUCAAAUCUGUGAUGCCGAAUUUGAUGUAAAGAUUCAGAAGCCUUCACCUGAAGCUGUUUCAGAUGCACCAAAGUUGGAUGUUAGUCUCCCAUCAAUGGAAGCUGUGAUGCCAAAAUUAGAAGUUGGAAGCCACGACCCAGAUUUAGAGUGCAAGGCAGAACAGGGAAUAGUCUCUGGAGAGAAGCACACUGAGGAGAAAGAAAAGAAAUUUAAAACAUCAAAAUUCAAAUUACCUUCAUUUAGUUGGUCACCAAAGAAAGAAGCUAUUGUUCCAUCUGAAGCUGAGGUACAUAUUGAAGAACCCACUUUGUCUGUUUUAUCUGGACACACAGAAACAGAAUUAACAAGUGCUGAAAAAACAUCAAGUGAAAUUCCUUUGGGUGAUGUAGAAAUAAAAAUUGAAGGUCCUGAAGGGAAAACAAAAAUGUCUAAAUUCCAAAUGCCAAAGUUUGGAAUUACACAUUUUAAAGGGAAAGGGUCAGAAAAGGAGGUCAACCAAUCCAAAUCAGAAGUCAAGUUUCCCCAGCUAAAAGCAAUGGUAGAUAUAGCUGACAUUGCUGUUGAGGCACCAAAUUUGGAGGUAGAAUGUAAUGCAGGAACAGAAACUGACAGCCCUAAAGUCAAAAUGACCAAAGCUGAUGAAAAAGCACCAGAACCUGAUGUACACCUCCCAUCAGCUGACAUUUCUAUUUUAAAAACAGACAGUGAUAUUCAGGAUUCAGAUGCCACACUAAAAAUCAAAGGGGAAAUAACACAAGAUGGAGAUGGAGAAGAGAAAGAGGGACAUUUCAAAAUACCAAAAUUCAAACUUCCAUCCUUCAGUUGGUCACCAAAGAAGGAAGCAAGUGUUAAACCAGAUUCCGGAGCAACUUUAGAAGAUCAUAAACUUGCUGUAAUGUCAAGCACAGCAGAUACAGAAGUAAGAGGAGCUGCAACUGAUGUUAAAGGUACUGGGCCAUCCCUUGAUCUGGAAGUAUCUGCAGGAAAAGUUGAACAAAAAAGUCCAAUAAAAAAACCUCAGUUUGCCAUGCCUAAAAUUUCUCUCUCCAAGAUCAAGGUUCCCAAAUCUCAGAGUCAUUCACCAAAAGUUGAAGCUGAUGCUACUACUAAAACAGAACAAGAGCGUGGUGAUUCAAUACAGAUACCUGAUAUAGAAAGAAGUCAUUCUGUAAGGACAGAGGAAGGGGCACAAAUAAGUAUAAAACUGGCUGAUGUUAAGAUCCCCAGUCUGGAUUUUUCCAAAAUGGAAACUGGAGCCUCUCAAAAUAAAAUGGAAGUCAGCUUGGCACAGAUUUAUGCUGCUCAGCCUCCCUCAGAUGCAAGUUUUCAAGAGGUUGUUGUCCUAAAAUCAAGCUCUACCAAUGAAGAUACCAUUCAAAAAAAAAGCAUGAAGUUCCCCAAAGGAGAAGCUGUGGGUGAACUGAGAAGCCCUGAAAUAGUAACAGAAAGAUCAUCAGUUGCGGAUGGAAGAAAGAAUAAAUUGGAAGGUUCUGAAGGGAAGAUUAAAAUGCACAAAUUCCAGAAGCCAUUUGGAAUCUCCCUAACAAAAGGGAAAGGCCCAGAGACAGAGAUCAGGUCUUCAAAACCAGAAGCUGAGCUUCCCCAGCUGAAAAUGACAAAUGAAGUUGCUGAUGUUGCUGUGGGAGUUCCCGCAUCAGAACUCACAUCUGACAUGUCAGAUUCUGGAGUAGGUACUCACAAGAUAAAAGCACCCCAGUUUCUGACAGCUGGCAUUGAAGCUUCAGAGGUAGAUGUAAGUUCCCAGUCAGUGUCUAAACCAGUGACAGAGGGAGUUAUUGAGAGCAUUGAGGAGAAAGAAAUUAAAUUAAAAGAAGAACAGGAAAUAAAAGCUGAAGAAGUUCAGACUGAAGAACAUCAGGGAUGGUUUAAAAUGCCAAAAUUCAGAAUACCUGCAUUUGGCAGGACAUCCUCAAAGGAAAAAAAAGGUGAUGCUGAUAUUGAAAGAAGUACAGUAAAAGCUCAAGUAGGCAUUCCUUCUGCCAAAGUACAAACUGAAACAAGUAUUCUUGAAAAAACCUUACCACCUGCAGCUGCUGAAAUUACUACUGAAAAAGAAGAGAUUCAAAAAUCAAGAGAUUCUGUGAAAAGUUCUGAUGUUAGCUCAGCAGUGGUGAAAGGAGAUAUUUCCGUAUCCACAGGACAAACAAAUAUAGUGAAUAUUGCAAAACCUGAAACUUACGCAGACAUAGUUAAGCAUGGUGCUGAAGGACAAAAAUCACGUACUUCAGAAUUCACAGUAUCUUCAGCAGAAUUGUCUAAAUCAUGCCUAAGUGCCUCAGAAAUUCACACAGACAACAGUUUAACAAAUAGGUUUCCUCUGUGUACUCUGACUCUUCAAGAGCAUAAAGUCAAAUCACAUUAUACAGAAGUCCCAAAGGUAGAAUGUUCCAUUAAGUCAGAAACUUCAGGAGUAGGACAUAAACUGUCAUCAAGUGAAAUUACUUUGGAUGCAAGAGAGGAGAAAAUAGAUUGUAGUCUUCCAAAAGGAAAGGUAGAUAUUCAAAAUCAAGAGGCAGUAAUUAGAAAAGGAAAGGUAAAGGGUGAGAUGAAAAUUAUAGCAGAAGACAGUGAAGGAAGCCAGUUAAAAAGGCCUUUGAGUGAAUGGUCUACAAUGAAAGGAUCAGAAGAUGGUGUUUUUGUUACAGCUAAGAUCGAGGAUGUAAAGGUAGAAGUUUCAGGAGUGAAGAUGGAUGUCAAAAUGGCUAGAGUAGAUCCUGAAAUGAAAUUUCAAGUGAAAAAUGUUGAAAGGGACACGUCUGCAAGGGUGGAAGUGCAAGUUGAAGAUAAAGCAGAAAGAAGUAAAAUUAAAACAUACAAGUUUAAGAUUCCAAAGUUUGGGGUGUUGCAUUCAGAAGUGAAGGGUUUAGAAGAUGAUACAAAUCUGCCAAAUUCAGAAGAUGAUUCAGUAUCUAAGACUGAAAUAGGCACAGCAGAAAUGCAGUGUCAAAAGUCAAAAGGAUCCAUCAGCUUGGAAAGUCCAGCUCUAGAUCACACAGAAGCAUCUGCCAGAAUAACAGUGGAAACACUGGACAAAUCACAAGAUGGCCCAGAAGUAAAUAUAAAAAUUCCCAAACUAAAAAUACCAAAAUUCACUUUCAAAGCCCUCCCAACUGAAGCUGAUGUUUCAGUGUCAAAAGUGGUAACAGAUCCAAAGGGAUCUAGUACUGACGUUGAAGUAGUAAAACUGCAAGCAAGCUCUGCGACCCCUGAGGAAACACCAGAGGUUCUGGAGGGUGGUGUUCAGAAAGCAAAAAGCAGAAUUCUAACAUUGACUGAACCUGACAUCAAAACAGCACAGAUGACUACUACCAUAGAGUCUUCCCUUUCAAAUGCAAGGCAAGACAUUCACUGGUCAUAUGUAGCAGGCCAAGAAAUAAGUGAGAAAGUAGAACCUGAACAUGUUGCUAUUGAGAGGUGUGAAAUUUACACUACUGAAAUACUGAAAGAAUCAGAGGUUCUCUCAUCAGAAGUCAAAACUGCUACUUUGGGAUUCUCAUUGAUCAAGGCAAAGUUACCUGAGUCACAUAGCAAUUUAGAAGUGCUAGUCCAGCAGCCAUCUCCAACAGAAGAUCUAUCAGUGAGCAAACCUAUAUGUGCUGAUGAAAGCUUUGGAGUAGCAGCACAGACUGGCAGUGCUGAGCCUAAACUAUCUGACAAACCACACACUGAGACUAAAGAAUUUAGUGGAAAAGUAAGUUUGCCAAAGUUAAAGGAAUUUGAUGUUGAAGUAAAGCUUUCCAGUAAAGUUGAAGAGAGGCUUCCUAAGUCGUCAGAGGGAGUAACUGCAUGUCCUUUCUCUAAAGGUGAGGAUGUAGCUAAAGCGCUAGAAGAUGAAGAAAAAGACAUAAGCGAUGAAAAAGAAAAGACUGAUAGUAAAAGAUCUCCUGGAAGAUUCAAAUUUUGGCUUCCAAGUAUUGGUUUUUCAUCUUCUACUGAUGAAACAAGCAUAAAUUCAAAAACAGAAGUAAAAAAAUCAGUUCCAGAAGAUGUGAAACCUGCUGACACAUCAGAUAGUGAUUCUUCUAAGCCAGCUGAAAAAACUGGGUGGUUUAGGUUUCCCAAGCUUGGUUUUUCAUCUCCUACCAAAAAAGCUAAGACUGCUGACAGUGAAGAGAUGGGUUACAAAGAUGGAAGAAUCUCAGAUGAAGAUAGCCCAUCAGAUAAACCUGAUGUAUUUUUUGAUGCACAAGAAAGCUUAUCACCUAAAGAAAUGACAGAGAGCAAAAACAUUGAAACUGAUGGGGCCUCAUCUGGCGUUCCAGUUUCUCGAACUAUCGUGACAUCGUCAGCAAGAACUGAACUAAUCUUGUUGGAGGAAGAAAAAGAUAGUCAAUCUAAUAUUCCUGGAUUACCAGCCAAAUGAACAUUGUCUUGUCUCAACCCUCAAUGAAAAUAAAUAACCUAGAUGUACAGAAAAGAAUGUUUUAUUAGUUUUCUAGUAAAUGAAAAUUAAACAAAACUCAAAGCUGUUAUUCAUGAAAGCAGUUGAACAGAAUGUAACGCAUUUAAAUUUUCAAGUACAUGGAUGUGUUACACAAUACACUAAUAAAAAUACUGAUUUCUUCAAAUCUACCCUGAAGGCAACAAUUGCUAUAACUACAGAGGAGCCUGUAGUUCAAUAAAUUCUGAAAAGGCACCUGAACCAUGAAAGUAAACCACUGGAAGUCUUGAUGAUAACAAAAAGACUUGUUAAAUAGGCUUCUCAGAAACACACUGAUUAUGUUUAGAUUAUAGACUAUUUCCAGAAUGGAAUAUAGACUAGCACUAUGAGAACUAUACUUAACCUUUUUAGAUUUUGGGCCUUUCUGACCUAUUUUUGUUUGGUUGAUU